CAGUUUCACCAAAUCAGCCAUGUCUCACACGACCAAUCUCGUCGCAGCAGCUGCAGCAGUCACAACCGUCCUCAUUCUCAUCGGAGCAGCCCCGGCCGAGGGGCAGCACCUCACCCGCGUCAGGCUGUGUGGUCUUGAGUUCGCCAGGGCUGUCUACAACCACUGCUCACGGGCCAGCAAACGUUCCGAUCCAGGCACCAUCAGUGAUAUACCAUUGGCUGACAGAUAUUUAGCACGUGACACCGGAUAUGGUCAAGUACAAGACACACCCUUUGAAUGGUACGACCUCGCAGGACAAGCAGAGGAACGGCUGCGUCCAAGUCUAUCCGAUAUCAUUUUUGCUCCACGGUAUAGGCGAUCGCUUUUCGCUCGUCCAAACACCCCGAUGGGUCGCCAUUGCUGUGUGACCGGCUGUACGUCUCAAGAACUUGCAUCGGUUUGCUGAUGUGGACAAACGCUUGAAAAGACAUUUUACUUGGCUCUAAAAGGACAGCAGCGAAAAAGAAGAAAAAUCCCUUCCCUUGUUAAAUAUCAUUUUCUAAUUACACUUCUCACCUCUCACUUCCUAAUGGAAUAAUAAUGAAAUAAUUUUACAAGGUGUCUCUUUUCGGGUAGAGGAAAGUUGU